UAACGACGAUGUUUCACUUGGAGUUAUCCCAUCGUCCCUGACAAUCUUCUCACAAAAUAGCUCUUCUGACAUCGUCUGAGAACAUCAUCCAGUAAGAAGCAGAAGCAGCUCGAGCGAGACUAUGAUGCUUGGCCUAGGAGGCUGUCCGCGACUCUGCACAUUGCACAACACCACUUCUUCUCUCCUAUCCCAAAGCAAAACCCUCCAAUCCUACCAAACCUACCAACCACUUCUCCCUUUUCUCUCAGUAAAUGCAUCUUCGACUGCUUCAUUUCUCCCUUCAAUUCAUCGAUUAAGAGAACCUCAAUUGGGCUUUCGUGUUGUUCUUGGUCGAGAGCGAAUUGGGUUUUGUGUUUCUGCUCGCAAGCGAAGAAACGGUGACGGUACCCCAUUAGAUGAGGAUGGUAUUGGUGAUGAUGGGGACGAGUCCGAUGAUGAAGAUGCAUUUAUAGCUUUCCCUGAUAUGAUGAGGUGGUAUAAUAACAAGCCAAGUGGAUUUGGUGAAGGUAAAGUGUAUGAUACUCGUAUUGAGGACAAGUUGCUGGAAGAAAUAAAGCAGAGCAGAGUGGCUCAGCUGGCCAAUAUCGAUAAGCUUAAGAAGAAUCCUGUGAACCCCAAUUCCGAGAAAGCUAACAAUCAAGGACAGAAAGCACCUGAACCUGUUGCAAAUGCAUUUCGUGUACGUGUGGCGAACCUUCCUAAGAAAAAGAACAUCCAUAGAGAUCUGCAGUUGGCUUUUAAAGGAGUUCCUGGUAUAGUUAAUAUAAUCCCUGCAGUCUCUGGAAAUAAGAAGACUAGGGAUCCUGUUUGCAAGGGCUUUGCUUUUGUUGAUCUCAAGACUGAGAACGACGUAAAUAGGUUUGUACAUAUGUUUUCCGAACAAAAUAUAACUUUUGGUAAGAUUCGGAAGCAGAUAAAAUGUGAAAUAACGAAUUCAGGCUCUCCCAAUGUUACUUAUGAGCAAUCAGCAGUUAGCACCUUCACUGAUCCCCAGUCAACAGUUCCCAGUUUUGAUGAAACUCCAGCUUCUGACUUUGAUAUAGAUAAUUUUUCAUUAGAUGUAUGGGAGGAAACUGCCUCAGAGAAGUCUGAUGGUCCAGAUGAUUUAGAAGGGGACAUGGCUUCUGAUUUCGACAUGGAUAUUACUUCCUUGGAUACAUGGCAGGAAACCGCCUCUGAUGAAUCUAAUGCCCUGGAUGAUGAGCAGAAGAUAACAGUGGAAAGGGAAGAUGUGAGAGAGAAUUUGGAAUCUUUCAGUAUUUCAGAGAUGGAUGGUGAUGAUAGAUUGGAACCAAGUAUAGAGUCUGCAAGUGAUUCAUUAUCCUCAAAGCAGCUAGAGGAAAUCUGGGCACUUGAGAAUAAACCACUUGGUAAACAAGGGGAGAAGGUUCUGAAGUUGAAGGUUCAAGCAUCAGAGCUUAAUGAUGGUGAUAUUACUGAUCAAAGAGUAGGGGCUGCUGUUGAUUCAUCAUCCUCCAAGCCAUUAGAGAAUAUCCAGGCACUUGAGAGAAGGUUACUUGCCAGAGGAAAAGGAUGGAAGGUUUCAAAGUUAAAUAUUCAUGCAGCUGGGCAGAAUUUUGGUGAUAGCAUGGACCCUAGACAGCAGCCUAUAGCUGAUUCAUUGCCCUCAAAGCAGCUAGAGAGUAUCCAGGAACUUGAGAGAAGGCCGCUUGCCAGAGGGAAAUGGGGGAUGGUUCCAAAGUCGAAGAUUCCAACAUCAGAGCUGAAUGGUGAUGAUAGGAGGGAAACGAGAGAUGAGCCUACAACCAAUUCAGUAUCCUCAAAGCAGCAGAAGAAAAAGAAGAAACUAGAGAAAAAGCAAAUUGCCCAAAAAAACCAAGAGAAGGCUCCAGUGUUGAAACUUCCAGGAUCUGCAAAUAGGUUAAGGAUCAAGGAGAAAGUUGUGCUAACUGAUGUGUUCUCCAAGUAUGGAGUAAAAGCUGCAAACACUACAAAACAACAGGGCUAAACAGUGUGGACUCAAAUCAUUUGAGAUCAACUGAGAUGAAGGACAAUUAUUGCAAACUUAAGUGUAAACUGCUUAAUCAUGAAGGCAAAUGUUGUUCCUUUUUGAGUAAGCUGUUACCACUCCUGCGAAUUUCUAGACAAUUUCAGUGAACAAAAGACUUCUAAUCACCGAAUUUUGUAAAGCAACCUAGCAAAAUUCCAUUUUAUUU